UUUCUCCUGCUAGUCUGAACUUGGCAGAGCACCGAGCAGCUGAGAGCUUUGCAAAACACAGGGGGCUCCUCUGCUACAAGAAGAACGCUGCUGAGAUUCUCCGCUUCAGUUUUUAGAAAUGAGACUUUUACUAUACUGUAUGUGGAUACCUAUAGCAGUUUUGGCAAUGCCCUGAUCCCUCUUCUGUCGAUAUGUCUGCAACGUAAUUGCUUUGAAUCUGGUUGUCCCUGGAGAGGAUGAAGUGGUGAAAGGAUGGGGCUUUCUCCUGCAAGAUUGCACAAUGGCCAGAGAGGACUCUGUGAAGUGCCUGCGUUGCCUGCUCUAUGCCCUCAAUUUACUUUUCUGGCUGAUGUCGAUAUGUGUUUUGGGAGUUUCCGCAUGGAUGAGAGACUACAUAAAUAAUGUACUUAUGCUGACUGCAGAAACAAGGGUGGAAGAAGCUGUUCGUCUCAUCUACUUCCCAGUAUUCCAUCCAGUGAUGGUUGCUGUCUGUUGCUUCCUCAUCAUUGUGGGCAUGCUGGGCUACUGUGGAACAGUGAAGAGCAACCUGCUACUCCUCGCAUGGUAUUUUGGAAGCUUGCUGGUCAUUUUCUGCAUUGAGUUGGCAUGUGGUGUGUGGACAUAUGAACAGGAAAUCACGGCUGUAAUUCAGUGGUCAGAUAUGGUUAAUUUGAAAUCCAGAAUGCCAAACUAUGGGUUACCCAGAUAUCAGUGGCUGACUAAUGCAUGGAACUUCUUUCAAAGAGAGUUCAGGUGCUGUGGAGUGGUGUAUCUGACAGACUGGCUGGAAAUGACAGAGAUGGAUUGGCCCCCGGAUUCGUGUUGUGUGAAAGAGUACCCAGGGUGUUCCAGACAAGCACAUCAUGGGGAUCUCAGUGACCUGUAUCAAGAGGGCUGUAGCAGAAAAAUAUACAGCUUCCUAAGAGGAACUAAACAGCUGCAAGUGUUACGGUUCCUUGGCAUCUCCAUCGGUGUUACCCAGAUCCUGGCUAUGAUUCUCACUAUUACAUUGCUGUGGGCUCUAUACUAUGAUAGGAAGGAUCCGAGACAUGAGCUUGUCAUACCUCUAAGUCAGGAAGCUGCUCAGCAUCAGUGCAAUCCAGUUGAGGUUGUACAAUCAAAUCUCACAAGGACUUCUGAUCAAAGACCUACAGCCAAUGGAUUUAACACAUAUCUGGAAAUGAAUGAGUUGUAAAUGGUUUAAUCUUAUAUGUUUGGAGCAUUUAUUAUUUUUUUAGUUCAUGUUAGAGAUGUCUAUAGUUUGUUUUGGGGAAAAUAUGACUAUGCAGUUUAUUUAUUUAUUCUGAGAAUUUGGAAUUUUAGUACAGGUUGAGUAUCCCAUAUCCAAAUAUUCCGAAAUACGGAAUAUUCCGAAAUACGGACUUUUAGGAGUGAGAGUGAGAUAGUGAAACCUUUGUUUUUUGAUGACUCAAUGUACACAAACUUUGUUUAAUACACAAAGUUAUUAAAAAUAUUGUAUUAAA